UAAUGUGAAGCAGUAAGUGAAUACUCUCAGUACAUGAAGUGAGGUGUUGAGAUUUGAUGAUUUUGUCUGCUUGGAGAGAAAAGAAAAAAAAAUCUGUUUCAUGGUUAUCUUUAGAGUGAUCAUAACAUUUUUGAGAUAAUUUACACACACACACACACACACUUUUUUUUAGUUUAGCAGUAAAAUAAAAGUGUGUUUGAUUUGGCUUCAUGGUGACAAUCUGAAGAAAAUUUGUGUCGUAAGGUAAUUUACUUGUGAUUGGUCUUUCCACACACAAACACACACGAGCAUAAAGCCCAGGCCCUGUAAAACUACAACUAGGUAAAACUAGGUAAAUACACACACACACACACACACACACACACACACACACACACACACACACACACACACACACACACACAGUUCAGUUUGAGGAGUAGGAGUGAGUUGGUGAUGAAUGGUGCACCUUGGAAGAGUGACUUGGCUGCUGCAGUGUGACAGUGUGUAGUGGUUAGCAGUGGUGGCAGAACCUUCUCAUUUCAAGACCUCAUUCCAAUAGUGUGUAGUUAUUACCGGAGCAUUGGUGUGUCAUAACCCUUACUCUGGUGGUAUUAAUGCAUCUCCCCCUUAAGCACUAACCACUGUAAGAGAAUAUAGUGGGGAGAAAUUGGAAAAAAAUACUAGAUGCUUAUAAAAAAUGUCAGUAGUGGUGUGAGUUGCUGCAUAGUGUAGGGAAAGGAUUAACUCAGAUUGCCACAGUCAGCUUAUCAUAUUGUACUGUAAAAACUGUAUGUAUGGCACCUAUUGUUCUAAUCCAUUGAAGAGGUAGAAGGAAGUCUCUCUCUCUCUCAUAAUCCCUUUUUUUUUCCUAUCUUUCUCUCAUGUUCUCUCUCCUCUUUCUUUUCCCAACCUGAUUUCUCUCCCUGCACAAGGAAAUAGGGAAGCUGCAAGAAGCCAUAAUUUCUACACAUGGCAGUCUCUGUAUAACAACUUCCACCUUUACCAUUCCAUGUUAUCUUCCCAAUGCAGUGUAACUUGUAUCUCUCUACACCAGGCUGGCAAUCCCACACAGGGUAGCCCAGACAAGGCACCACAAACUACACACCUCCUCUCUCUCUUAGCCCUAAAUAGUAUUGUAUCUAUACCCAGAGUAAACCUGUGAACUAGAGUUAGUAAAACUGUCAUAAAGGUAAGAGAGAACAGUGAUGAGAAGGACAUUACAAGGCAAGACUUUCACUGGAGCUGGGUAAUAUUAUACUUGUCCAUAAAAUGAGCAACAUUAUUGAGAAAUGAGAAGAGGAGAUAUAAUACAGUAAGGCGCAAAAAUAAGGAGGUGGCCGCAAGGAAAGACUAUUAUUAUUAUUAUUACUUGAGCUGCAUAACAUCAAAGCUGUCCCUAAAAAGAGAACAGCAAGCAUGGACCACCACAACACUAUAAAGACACCACACUUCUCCCACAUCACUCCUGAAGACCUGGACCACAUCUAUGAACCCUCAGAGGACUCCUUUCUCCUCAUCGACGCCCUGGAAAAAGACCUGGACCUGAUCAGAGCCAUAUGCCCAGCGGUCUGCCUGGAGGUUGGCUCUGGGUCUGGCGUGGUGAUCACAGCACUGGCCACAGCAUUAGGGCCGCGCUGCUGCUACCUGGCCACGGAUAUUAACCUAAGGGCAUGUCGCAUCACUCAGGAGACUGGCCAGGCUAAUGAUGUGUCUGUGAAUGCAAUCAACACAGACUUGGUGGACGGAGUCAGGUCACCAGUGGACGUGCUCAUCUUUAAUCCACCGUAUGUAGUGACCCCAUCCGAGGAGGUGGGCAGAGGUGACUUGGAGCACACCUGGGCCGGGGGAGAGUUGGGUAGGGAGGUGAUGGACCGCCUCUUCCCCAGGGUGAGUGAGCUGCUCUCCUCCAAGGGUGUGUUCUAUCUGGUGGUGCUGAAGGAGAACCGGCCACAGGAAGUGGCUGAGCUGCUGGCACUCCAAGGCUUCUCCUGCACCACGCUCCUCUCUAGGACCACCGGGCCAGAAAAGCUCUCAGUUCUUAGGUUCACUCGGAAUAGGUAGCUACUCUCUCUCUCUCUCCUUUCUUUGCUUGUUUUUUCCAGCCUAAUUUCUCUCCCUGCUCAAGAAAAUAAGUUGUCAUUUCUACAUAUGGCAGUCCCUGUUUGACAAUUUGCACCUUUAUUAGUCUGUGUUAUCUUCCCAGAUUUGUGAUUUCCCAGUGUAGUUUGACUUGUAUCUCUUGCCAGCAUCCUUUCCUCUACUCUGCAUUUUGAAUGUUGUCCCUUUUUUAUUCAUUUAUUGUUUUUAUUUUUAUAUACUUGGUCAUAAUGAGAAGGUUCCUGUCAUUAUAAAUGUAUAUCUUUUGUCCCACAGCUUAACGUUGUAUACAUGCUGAUGUUGUCUUGCUUAAGGCUGAACUGUAUAAAAAGGAUUUAUCUGUGUCUGUCUGUCUGAAUACCAGGCCAGCAGUCACACAUAGGGUGGCUCAGACAAACCACCACACACUCAUACACACAUCAGUCAUUCUCUUAAUCCACUUUGCUCCUGGUGGGGAGGGGAUAGUAAUAGUAGUAUACAAGUUUAUCUACCUACAUUAUGUAUCAGGCUGACAAUGCAACACAGGAUGGACACACACUCCAUUGGCCUGUGGUGAAAGGGAGUGUUACAUUGGCCAUCUUACACUGAUACACUGUUACACACUCCUGAAGGAUAAAUGAACUCAACCCUGGCAAGAAUCAGUUGUGUAUUGUGAUAGGGUGAUUGGUAACUGUGUAGAGAAGCUAUUGCCUAUUUUUGCCUCAUAUGGUAUACUGAUGCCUAUUCUUUCCCUCUAAGGGUGUAAAAUGUACUUUAUGGAGAAUAUAAUUUGUAAACAAUAAACACGGAAGUAAAUUGG